UCCUCCAGGUCUGGCUCCCGUGUCCGGCACGUCAGAUGAUUGUUGCCCUGAGUGCCAACCACUGACAUGUCCUCCCAACUGCAUGACCUGUGUGCCUGGUUCUCCUAACCCCACUUGUACCAUGUGUGAAGAGGGGCAUUACCUUCAGGAUGGGACUUGCAUAUCUUCUUGUCUGGAGGGAUGGUUCCAGCAGGGUGGUGUGUGUCUGGCAUGUCAUCCCUCCUGUGCUGCUUGUAAUCAGGCUACCAGAUUCCACUGUAGCAAGUGUCACCCCGAGAGCAUGCUGCGUGAGGGAGAGUGUAUCUCAGACUGUGGAAGAGGCUUCUACCCAGAGGCUGAGUCUUGCUUCCCUUGCCAUAGUUCCUGUGCAGAAUGUUCAGGGCCUGAGGCUAGCCACUGUCAGGUGUGCCAGAGUGGAGCCUAUCUCCAUGCUGGCACUUGUGUCACCUCUUGCCCAAGUGGAUAUUAUCCCAGAGAACGGGUGUGUGAGGUGUGUGUGGAACACUGUGAGAAGUGCGGAGUGGGUGAAUGCCUGCGGUGCCAGGAUGGAUUCUGGCUGCAGGAUGGACGCUGCCUGGACCAGUGCCUGCCUGGGCACUACCAAGGCCCUCACAACACUUGCCUCAGUUGUCAUAGUACAUGUGGAACCUGUGAUGGACCAGGAAUUUUAUCAUGCACCUCCUGCCCACACUACUUGCUGAAGAGUGGUUCCGCUUGUGUGGAAAUGUGUCCCAGUGGGCACUACAUGGGUGCUGAAGAGUGCCUUCCCUGUCACUCCUCUUGCUCACAGUGCCUAGGUCCUGGAGAACACAGAUGUGUUGAAUGCAGCAAUGAUAAACAGGUGGUUGUCCUCAUCAAUGGAACAGCUGGUGAAUGUCAGGAUAUGUGUCCAGAAAAUCAAAAGUUGAUGGAUCACAUUUGCAU